GACGACGAUGAUGAUAUUUCUUCGAAAAAUUUUUGUUGAUAAUGUUUCUUCGAAAAAUUUAACGGCCGUGCACCCUUUCCGUGUUUAAUAGAUCGCCCAGUACCACUCCGCCCUGGAUAUUGGAGCAGUUUGGGUUCCUGCGAAAGCCCGGAUGGGGGAUCGGCUCCGGUCUCCGCUCUCAUGCUCAUCGCCCCCCGUCCCCUCUCUUCCCCGAUCCCGGCGUACUUGCGUCUAUUUCUCCGGCAGGAAGUAUGCCAAUGUUCAAUAUCACUGGACACAAUCAUCAGUGACUGAUUCCAAAGUCUCACAAAAGUUUGUUCCAGGAACUUCAAUAAACAGACAUGAAAAAAGAUUGCACAGAAUACAGACUACCAAAUCACACAUGUUAUGUUUCAGACAAUUCAAUUUGGAAUCUGCAAGUAACACUAGCAAGAAUAUCUACUAUGAGAAUUAUAUUGAUUUUGCUGUUAAAAUACUUUUACAAUGCAUGACAUCCUACUUAUUGUCCAGAUUGGCAUGGUCAAAUUGUGUUCAUAUUGUCUCAUCAGUUAUGUGUACAUUGCCAUGGUGCAGCAGCGCCUUACCUUUUGCUUGUUUGUCAAAUCCGUCCUCCAUAAACAAACCAAUACCGCUUCGGCUGAAUGUGUCUUUUCCAUCAUUCCAAGAUUUUAAAUGGAGUAUAUCUCGGCUAUAUUAUCUUUUCAAUAUCCAACUGGAACGGAAUAUUGGCGUGUUCUUUAUUGCAUUGCUCGUUGCAUGUUUCUCGUUUGUUGCAAUUGGAGGUGUCCUAUUCUACAGAUUUAGGAACAAGCAUCAUUCCCUGGAGGACUGCUUUUGGGAAGCUUGGGCUUGUCUUUGUUCAUCUUCUACUCAUUUAAGACAAAAAACUCGUGUUGAACGCAUUCUUGGACUCAUACUUGCUAUAUGGGGAAUACUAUUCUAUUCUCGAUUGUUAGGCACAAUGACUGAACAAUUUCGAAACAACAUGCAAAAAGUAAGAGAAGGAGCACAGUUGCAUGUGAUGGAAAGAGACCAUAUCAUUAUCUGUGGAGUAAACAGUCAUCUGACUUUUAUACUAAAGCAGAUUAACAAAUUCCAGGAAUCUGCCAUCCGCUUAGGUACAGCUAAUGCAAGGAAGCAAAGAAUUCUUCUUUUGUCUGACCUUCCAAGGAAGCAAAUUGAGAAGCUGGGUGAUAGCAUCACUAAAGAUUUGAGCCAUCUCGAUCUCCUUACUAAAAGCUGUAGUUUAAGCUUGACAAGAUCUUUUGAAAGAGCUGCAGCAGAUAAAGCACGUUGCAUCAUAAUUUUGCCUGCGAAAAAUGACCGCUAUGAAGUUGAUACAGACGCAUUUCUCUCUCUUCUAGCUCUUCAGCCUCUUCCUAAUGUAAAUUCUGUCCCUACCAUAAUUGAGGCUUCCAGUGCUACCACAUCCGAAUUACUCAAGUCAAUUACAGGCUUGAAUGUGCAGCCAGUCGAGAUGGUAGCUUCAAAGCUAUUUGUUCAAUGUUCUCGACAAAAGGGUCUCCUCAAGAUCUACAGACACUUGCUAAACUACAGAAAAAAUGUAUUCAAUAUCUGUAGCUUCUCAAACCUAGUAGGCGUCAAGUACAAGUAUGCAAGACAAGCAAUCCAGGAGGCAGUGGUUUGCGGUCUACUAAGAUCUGGCAAAAUAUAUUUCCAUCCAAAUGACGAGGAAGAGAUUAGACAAACAGAUAAACUUCUGCUUAUAGCUCCUGUUUUUGGAAAAAGAACACCAAACAUAUUCCUUCCUGUUGAGUCAAUUGAACAACAUGAUUCCAACAAAGGCUCAGAAAGCAAAGCUCCAUUCGAAGCUGAGAUUAAGAAGUCAAGGCUCAAGAAUAUUGUUGAGCGUCCUUUAAAAUCAAGCUCCAAGACUAAUGAUUUGCAUCUUGGACCUCAAGAGUGCAUAUUCAUGAUUGGAUGGAGACCGAAAGUUGCUGACAUGAUACGAGAAUAUGAUAAUUACCUUGGACCUGGUAGUUCAUUGGUUAUACUGUCAGAAGCUUCCCUCGAAGAAAGGAAUAACAUUGUUAACCCUGUGCUCCAAAGCCAAUUAAAGAACAUCAAAGUUUAUCAUCUGGUUGGAAAUCCCGUCAACUAUGAGAUGCUAAAGGAAGCUAUAUCAAACACUAGAAAUGAAUACAUGAAAGGAGAAGGCAUACCUUUAUCAGUCGUUGUAAUAUCUGACAGAGAAUGGCUUGCUGGAGAUCCAUCCCAGGCAGAUAAGCAAACUACUUAUUCCCUUCUUCUUGCUGAAAACAUUUGCAAAAAACAUGGCAUAGAGGCGGUGAACCUAGUUGCUGAAAUUGUUGACACAAGGCUAGGGAAACAAAUUUCAAAAAUAAGACCUUCCCUUUUGUUUAUUGGCGCUGAGGAAGUAAUGAGCCUUGUCACAGCUCAAGUGGCUGAAAGUGCUGAGUUGAAUGAGGUUUGGAAAGACAUUCUUAACGCUGAGGGAGAUGAGAUAUAUCUCAAGGACAUAGGCUUCUAUAUGAAGGAGGGUGAGACACCAUCAUUCAUGGAGCUAUCUGAGCGAGCAAUUCUACGCCGAGAAGUUGCAAUAGGUUAUGUUAAAGGAAACAAGCAGGUCAUAAACCCGCAAACAAAGUGGGAACCUCUCCUUUUAGAGAAGACAGAUUCACUUAUUGUAAUUGCAGAGUUUGAAGGCGAGUAAGCAUUCAUUGUGUAAUUCAUUUUUUAUAGCACACUUAUCAGUCAAUCUCAGUUAUAGAUAAUUUGGCUUUAUUUGCAUAAUAAAAGUGAAAAAGAGGUAUGUUUUUUCCCCUUGCAAA